ACCAUUUCUAGUGUGACCGCCAUUUUGAACAAUGAAAUUUCAGCAGCAUUCUCCCUGACUGGAUCUGCAGACCAUGCUGUUGUAGAAUCAAGUUUCACAUUCACGUGUGACACUGGCAGUAAAACUAUACGGAUCUGGUAUGGGAUCUCAUUUGGUAUCUCCCAAGGACUAGGAACCAGUUGUAUCCGUGACGAAGCACCAGGUCGCUACGAAUAUUCGUGUUCUGGAGGAAACAUGUACAAUCUCACAAUCCCAUCAGUGAGCUUCAGUAACCACGAACAAACCUAUAGAUGUGCAAGUGAAUCUGGAGGCUAUGUAAGCAGACUGUUAACUCUGCAAGUGUAUGUUCCCCUGGCCAGGACUUUGAUGACACCCAGGCCAGCCGUGAUUCAAGCUGGUGUGCCCACCACGCUAUAUUGUGAGAGCAACCCAACCUACCCACCGCCCACCUUCAUCUGGACUAUCAACAACAAAACAAUAACAACAGGAAUUAACAUCACAACUGAAAUUUUACCCGACAGUGGGAUCGUCACCAGAAGUGUCUUGGCAAGACAAUUCACGGAAGCUGAUACUGGACAGAAAGUCGUGUGUUCUGCCACCAAUGGUGAUGAGACUGUGACCUCUCGAGUCUUCGAAAUUACUGUGUUCGAUCCAGAGCAUCAGGUCAUGGGAACUGUCUUUGGGGCAAUAGUAGCGGUCGUUGGUGUACUGGUCAUGGUUGCUCUUGCAGCUUGGUUCUAUUACAAGAGAAUGAAACGGCAACCGAGAAUUGAGAAAAGGAAAGGAACUCACGAGCAUGGAAACUAUAGAGGCCAAUUCGAUAAUCCUUCUUUCUCACUACCAAAUUAAUUAGUCAGUGCCUAGUGAUGUGCCAAUUGGAUGGGCUCAUUAACCAUUGUCAACAGUUUCACUAUUUAACCGAGCACUUGUUCGUGAUAGGGUAGAGUCUGUCAUCACUCAAGAAGAUGUAUAUUAUUCAAUUCAAUUGUUUACUAACAUUGAGCCAGACAGUUCAUCUGUAUAAAUAUUACAAAUACAUGUACAUGUAUAGAAGAAACAAAGCACGUAUAAACGACACAUAAACAUACAUAUAAUAGGAAAAUGCUUUUAAAAAAAUAAAAUAAUAAUAAUAAUCAUAAUAAUAAUAAUAAUAAAGUAAUAAAUAAAAUACAUUAUUUUCUUAAUUUAUCUG